AUGACUACUUGUAAUCAAGAUCUUGCUUGCCGAGGAAAUGCUAUGUUUCAUUGUAGUUUGUUAGUUAACAUGUACUCGGCCUAUAUCUAUGUAUUGUUUAGUCUGGCCGUGUCCGACCUGUUGCUGCUGGUGUCCGGCCUACCGGCGGAGAUGUACAUGGUCUGGUGUAAAUACCCCUACAUAUUCGGGGAGGGUUUCUGCGUGCUGCGCGGCCUAGCCUCGGAGAUGUCCACGAACGCGUCCGUCCUUACCAUCGCCGCCUUCACCGUCGAGAGAUACGUGGCGAUCUGUCAUCCCUUCCUCUCGCAGACUCUCUCGAACUUGUCUCGCGCGAUUAAACUGAUACUGGGGAUAUGGCUGGUGGCACUGUUGUUCGCGUUACCGCAGGCUCUGCAGUUCGGGGUGGUUCGGCACAACGACCACCCCGACAUGGUGAUGUGCACGGUCAAGAGAAUUAUCAUCAACCAUUCGUUCGAGGCGUCCACAUUCCUGUUCUUCGUGAUACCGAUGUGCCUGAUCACGUUUCUUUACGUGUUGAUCGGCCUCAAGCUCAGAAAGUCGAACAUGACUGUCCCGGGCAGAAGUGAAUCGAGAAACUGCAGACAUUACCCCGGAAGAUCGUCCAGGAGAGUGUUGAAGAUGCUGGUCGCAACGCGGUAA